CAACAUAAAUACGGAGGAUCGAGAGGAAAAAGUCAUCAGUUGCAGUAGAGAGAACAUUACCGAGCACACACAGCACCGUUCGAAAACAAACGAAUAAAAUGGCCGCUAAGAUGAUCAUUUUCGCCGCCUGCGUGGCCACCACACUCGCCCAAUACGCUGCCCCGGCCUACAAGCCAGCUUACUCCGCGCCCGCUUACGCCGCACCAAAGGUUUACGCUCCGGAACCUGCUUAUGCACCGGCCCCGUACAACUUCGAGUACUCCGUAAACGAUCCGCACACCUACGACGUCAAGAGCCAACAGGAAUACAGCGACGGCAACGGUUACGUCAAGGGAUCUUACAGCCUUUUGGAAGCCGAUGGCUCCACCCGUGUGGUCGAGUACACCGCCGACGACCACAACGGUUUCAACGCUGACGUUAAGAAAAUUGAAGCAGGAUACAAGGCCCCGUACAGCGCACCAGCCUACAAAGCCGCCCCCGCCUACCCAGCACCCGCUGCUUACCCAGCACCGUCUUAUUCGGCCCCUGCUUACAAACCAGCCCCAUACAAGGCAUACUAAUGAUUUGUCGUCGUUCAGAUUUCUACACACUUCUUGCCAUUGCCAGCUGAAUAUUUCGUUGUAGAAAUAAAAAACAGCUCUCCAUCUCUCUGUUUAAAUAUCAUCUCGAUUCAUUCAUGCAAUUGUUAAACAAUAAAUUAUUUUAAAUGUA